GCAUUUCUGACUUUGGCCACCUCUCUUCAGAGUGAGAAGGUUAAACUAGGAACUUGAGUACACCCCAGUCACCGCAUUUGAAUGGGUCUGUUGAAGAAAUUGGUAACUGCUGUUCUUGGAUUACAGCUAGUGGUCAUCUGCUUCUCUUACUCACAGAAAAAUGACACUUUAAAAGAUGUCAGAUUUCUUGUGAUUGGGGAUUGUGGUGGAUUGCCUUUUCCACCCUACUUCACUAAGGUUGGGAAAACAACAGCAGCUGAAAUGGCAAAAGUAACACAAAGCUUGGGAGUUGAUUUCAUCCUGAAUCUUGGAGACAAUUUUUACUAUCAUGGAGUAAAAGAUGUAAAUGAUUUUCGGUUUAAGGAGUCUUUUGAAACAGUGUUUGCUGAUCCAGCAAUGAUGAAUAUUCCUUGGUAUGUUAUAGCAGGAAAUCAUGACCAUUUGGGUAAUGUAUCAGCCCAGAUGGCUUACUCACAAAGAUCCAGAAGAUGGAGAUAUCCCUAUUACUAUUAUGACUUACAGUUUAGGAUACCCAGCACAAAUGCAUCCAUUACGAUUUUAAUGAUCGAUACAGUUCUCCUCUGUGGCAAUACUUACAAUAAAAAACAACCAGGUGGUCCAGAAAAUGUUGACAUUGUUGAAAAACAGAUCUCCUGGAUCACAAAGAAACUGAAAGACUGCAGAUCAGAGUUCCUGAUUGUAGCUGGCCACUAUCCUGUCUGGUCCAUUGGCCACCAUGGCCCUACCAACUGCCUUAUCCAAAUCCUGAGGCCACUCCUGAAGAAAUACAAAGUGACAGCAUAUUUCAGUGGACAUGAUCACAACCUCCAGCUCAUAAAAGAAGAUGAUGGUAUUGCCUAUAUUGUAAGUGGAAGUGGAAACUUUGUUGAUAAAUCAGUAGCACACGAGUAUGAAGUUCCACAUAACUGGCUUCAUUUCUUCAAUGCCAAUAUUAGCACGUUGGGAGGGUUUGUCCAUGUCAAGACGACUAGUGAAGAAAUGAUCAUUACCUAUAUUCAGCCCUAUGGAAUGCAAGUAUUUCAGUCUGUGCUUCCUAAACGGAAGCUGUAAGGGGAUAACAUGAAUUGGGAUAGAUAUAUUCUCAUCAUUGACAUAUUCACAUUUGGUAAAUAAAGCUGUUUUAUUUAUGC